AUGAUUUGGAUCAAAAAGGUUGUUGCUGAUGGGACACUUAGUGUCAAAGUUAAUGACAGGAAGGGUGCAUAUUUUGGCAGUCACAAAGGAGUGAGACAAGGAGACCCUUUUGCACCUUUCCUAUUCAAUAUGGCAGCCAACAGUCUUGCAAAAAUGAUUUCAGUUGCCCAGCAGAAUGGGUUAUUGACAGGUCUUGCAGAUAAUAUUGUCCAGUAUGGUGUUGCCAUGCUUCAGUAUGCAGAUGAUACUAUUCUCUUGAUACAAGAUGAUGUGGAACAGUGUUACUCAGAUCUUUUCAACUGUCAGAGUGGAAACUGGCCUAUAAAGUAUCUGGGUACCCCCAUUUCAGCUAGAAGACCUACUGUUGCUGAAAUGAAUUUUCUAGGUGAAGCAACUAAGAAAAGAAUGUGUGGCUGGAAUGUGACAGUUGCAGAGUCUGCUGCUCUUGGAUGGAAUCUGUCUUUUAGAAGAUUUCUAACACCUGAUUUAGGUCAACAGGUGCAUGGUCUUCACAGCUCGCCGGACGCUGAAAACAUCAGGGCGGGUGCUGCCAGUCUUCUUCAGCUUGCCACAAGUAUGCCUGUUGCUUCGACGGAGGGACGCCCAGGAAGAAUUCUCCGCAUUGCUGAUGCUACGAUGGAGGACCUUGCUGAGGAUCAAAUGGAGAUGGACGAUUGA